AUGAACGGUCUACAGACGCUCGGGCAAUGGCGCGGAUACUUUGGUAACCCGAGCGCACCUAUACUCGGAACGAUGAACGCUCUAUAUCCCAUUGGCAAGAUCAUGGGCUUGUUUCCGACAACAUAUAUGGCAGACAAGUACGGCAGAAAAGUUCCGAUGUGGAUUGGAUUCUUCCUCCUUCUCGUCGGCGCGGCUCUCCAGGGUGCGAGUACUAGUCUACCCAUGUUUGUUGUCUCCCGUUGGCUACUUAGUGCCGCUACUGCCUUCAUUGCGCAGCCGGCGCCGAUUCUCGUUGCCGAACUUGCCUAUCCUACGAUGCGUGGCAAGAUAAGUGCGCUCUACAAUACCUUUUUUGCUAGAGAGGUUUUUAUUCGCUAUCACGCUGGUGGCGAUGAGUCCUCUUCGCUUGUUGACUACGAAAUCAAGGAGAUCGAGGAAAAUGUUCGCCUCGAAAUUGAGGCUGUUCAAGAAUCUUCUUAUCUUGAACUUGUCAAGACAGCCCCAAACCGCCGCCGGACGCUUAUUGCUUUCAUUGUUGGCGUUGGCGCGCGGUGGAGUGGAUCGAACCCGGUGUCAUACUUCUUAACGUUAGUACUGAACACAGUCGGAAUCACAGAAACCAAGGACCAGGCUCUUAUCAAUGGUCUUCUACAGUUGUUCAACUGGAUUGCGGCGGUUUUUGCUGGUGCCAUGAUGGUUGACCGGAUCGGCCGCCGGAAGCUCUUUCUCACAUCAACAGGUGGUAUGCUUGUGUGCUACAUAGUGUGGACCAUCCUCACUAGCGUGUUCAGCAACACCAAGGACGAGAGAGCCGGCUACGCCAUUGUGGCGUCUGUAUUCGUCUAUUACUUAUUCUACGACAUCGCCUGGUCACCUCCCCUAAUGUCGUACCCAGUUGAGAUCUUCCCAUAUACCCUGCGCGGAAGGGGUUUGACAGUUUCCCUAGGGUCUACCUUUACCAGUCUCAUCAUUGGACAGUUUUGCAAUCCAAUUGGACUGGCCAACUUAGGUUGGAAAUAUUACAUCGUCUUUUGCGUCGUCCUGGCGAUCCUCUUGUCUUUGAUUUGGUUUCUUUUCCCCGAAAAUAAAGGGCGCACGCUGGAACAGAUUGCUGAGGUGUUUGAGGGCAAAGACCAUAUUCUUGGUCCUGGUGAUACCAUCAAAGAGAAGGGAGAAGGCAGCUGA